UCUGGAGUGAUCGGGGUGUGCCGGUUGCUUCCUCUUCUCAGCUCCUGGACAAAACGGACAGCGAAGGAGUGUUUUUGUCUCCCGAGUUUUGUGGUUGUGGCGACGAAGACUAGGAGCAGCCAACAUGGGGAAGAGGCAACAUCAGAAGGACAAGAUGUACAUAACAUGUACAGAAUAUACUCAUUUCUAUGGAGGAAAGAAAGCAGAAAUUCCACAGUCCAACUUCAGACGUCUGCCUUUCGAUCACUGCAGCUUAUCUUUGCAGCCGUUUGAAUAUCCCGUUUGCACGCCAGAAGGAAUCGUCUUUGACUUGUUGAGUAUUGUUCCUUGGCUAAAGAAGUAUGGAACCAAUCCAAUUACCGGAGAGAAACUGGACGCCAAAUCUCUUAUCAAGCUGAACUUCGCUAAAAACAGUGAUGGCAAAUACCACUGUCCAGUCCUCUUCACUGUGUUCACCAAUAACUCCCACAUAGUGGCUAUCAAGACGACAGGCAACGUGUUUGCAAAUGAGAUCAUUGAUCCAUCUCACUUAAGUAUUGUCUGCUCUGACCAGCAGCAACUCUCCACGGCCUCGGGCAGAGAACCCCUGCUGCUACCCAAGAUCCUUUUCAAGGGGGGUGGCAGGGACCGGUCCUUUGCCAAUGAAGGCUUGCAUGAUCCAACCAACUUGGACAAAUUUAACGUCUCCAGCUUUUUCCAUGUUAAGAACAAUUUGAAGGUGACAGAUCCAGAUGAAGAAAAAGCAAAAUCAGAUCCAUCCUAUUACCUGAAAAACACCAAUGUUGAGACUCGAGAGACUUUGUCGGAGCUUUACAAAGAAUUCAAAGGCGACGAUGUUCUGGCAGCAACCAUGAAGGCUCCUGAGAAGAAAAAGGUGGAUAAGCUGAAUGCGGCUCAUUACUCCACAGGCAGAGUGAGUGCCUCCUUCACGUCCACGGCUAUGGCGCCAGAAACAAUGCACGAAGCAGCUGCCAUCGAGGACGACGUGGUGCGGUACCAGUACGUCAAGAAGAAAGGCUACGUCCGCCUGCACACCAACAAAGGGGACCUCAACCUGGAGCUGCACUGUGACAUGAUUCCUAAAACAUGUGAAAACUUCAUUAAACUAUGCAAGAAGAAUUACUACGACAGGACCAUUUUUCACAGAUCAAUUCGUAAUUUUGUGAUCCAAGGAGGGGAUCCUACUGGAACAGGAAAUGGAGGAGAAUCUUACUGGGGAAAGCCAUUUAAAGAUGAAUUCAAGCCCAACCUGUCUCAUACAGGACGUGGCGUCCUCAGCAUGGCCAAUUCUGGACCCAACUGUAACAAGUCGCAGUUCUUUAUCACAUUCCGUUCUUGCGCAUACUUGGACAAGAAGCACACAGUGUUUGGAAGAGUGGUGGGUGGUUUCGAGACUCUGACAGCAAUGGAGAAUGUGGAGAGUGAUCCAAAAACCGACCGUCCCAAGGAGGAAAUACGAAUUGAGUCAACAACUGUAUUUGUUGAUCCAUACGAAGAAGCAGAUGCUCAGGUUGCCGCAGAGAGAGAGAAGGCCCGGCAAGAAGAGGAGGCGGCAAAAGGGAAAACCAAAGUCGUCGUUCCAAAGAAAGAGCCGAACACUCCAAAGACGUACCGCGAGGGAGUCGGGAAGUACAUUAAUUUGGCUGCCGCGAAGCGAGCCUCGGAAGACGACGGCCCAUCAACCAGCACGGCUGUCAAGAAAGAGAAGAAAAGCUCAACCUUUGGGGACUUCAGCUCCUGGUAGAGGAUCGAGGGGACUGCCUUACCCGGCCACGAUCCACCCUCAGUUCUAGGUGUUCUGCACUGAAGCUGGACAGGGUGCCAGUUUGCAUCCUAACACUUCCGGGUGCUUUUGUUUCCUCGAUAGCGCUUUCCUUUGAGCCCUUCUCCAAAAGACCUCCUUUUGUUUUUUUUUGGUGCGCUACUGUACUCGGCAGUUCCAAGAUGACUUUUUGGCGUUUUCGCUCUGCAGAUUUGUCAGCAGAAUGCUGGGAAAGCCAAGCAGUUGAAGGAGCAAGGACACGUUCCAGGCUAAAAUGGGUGAUGACCCAGUGGAGGAGGGGAGAAAUGGCAUCGUUAGAGCCGCAUCCUUUUGCUUUGGGUGGGUUCAUACAGACCCCUACGGCUUGUCCCUGCUAGUUUGAAAACAGAGUCCCCCAGACUGCGCAUCCCUCCCUUUCUCUCUCUGUCUGUCGCACGCCUCCAGGCUCACUGGUUUUAUGAGCUCUUGUGCUGCUACCCAGAGGCAUCCGUCUCCGUGAGCGAUGAAGUCGUGAGAUGCCGCCACAUCCAGAGCCAAUCUCUGACUGAUGCCCUGUUCACCCGGAGAAGGAAUCCAGGCUAGUGCCUUUGCCUUGUCUGGCUCGCUAGACUGACCUUCGCUAAGCCAGCCUGGCAACUGACGCAAUCCCGUCGCACUCCUGCUCUGCUCUGCUCCCGGGAGCCAGCAAGCAUCAUUUCAAAUCUCUGCUGUGAUGCACAGACAGGGCCGUGAAAACUGCACGCAGCUACUCGGUGAGGUGUCAGGUUAAAAUUAGCCACAGACAAGCACCGCUGCAGCCUCCUUUCCCAGACCCCCGAAUGCUGCCUCUUAGCCCUGGUAGCUAGCUGCCUGUCUCUGAUUGGCCUCCUCUUUUGUUUGAUGUGUGGCGGGCUGAUGUCGCAGGACAGCACAAGCCUUCCUAGGAAAAACAGUCCUAAGCGUCAGAGAGCCCUGAGCCAGCCACACAGGUGGUGCUAAGGGGCAAACUACAGGCUACAUCCAAACACAGGACGUGAUGCCCCGGGGGCAGUAAAGCCAAUCUGGGUGUGGGAGGCAGCAGUUUUGAAUGGGGAGAAGCUGCUUAACUCCUUUCCUCCACGGAUCCUUUUUUCUUUUCUACCCCCCCCACACACACACACACCUGCAGCCUGGCUUUGGGAAGAGGAGGGGAGUGGGAGAACAAUUGACGGAGAAAGGAGCCAGCAACCUUCCAGCCUGCCAAGUCUUUGCUCAGAGUUGCCCCCUCCUGCAGCCGCCCGGAGAAUUGUCACAGGAACGUCCACAGAACAUGCCAGCGUGCCCUUUACGGCAGGAAACUGGGAAGAGCUGUAGCUGUCAAGGAGCAAUUGGAGCCACAUGUGUUUGUUAAAGGGCAGGCGCCGGCAGAGUGAAGGCCUCACGUCACUUUAUGGCCUUCUGGGGGGGCAGGUUUGCCGGCGCAUCUUUCCAUCUGCAUAAAACACAAAGAAACAGAAAACAGAAAAGCGGCAUUAAAGAUCAAACAAACAGAUGCGUGCCUCUUUCCCAUAUAUGUCCCAUGCAGCAAGAUGCCAGAGCAAAAGGAUUGACCGUUAGCAGUAAGAGCUAUCCUAUCGAGGAAAAGAACAUCGGUGAUUUUACAGACUUGAGAAAUCUUUUCUUUUUUAAUUUAUAGUUUUUAUUUUCAUACUCAGAUCAACAUACAAUAACACAAACAGUAACAUAUGAAU